AUGAGGCCGGGUCGUAUCUCGUCUAUCACUAUUACCGCGAUGUCCGUUACACUGCACACUACACAUGGAGAAUUGAAGAUAGAAAUAUUCUGCGAAGCCGUACCUAAAGCAGCAGAAAACUUUCUGGCACUCUGUGCUUCGAACUACUAUGAUGAUUGCAUAUUCCAUCGCAACAUCAAAGGAUUCAUGGUCCAGACUGGUGACCCAACCGGAACUGGGAAGGGCGGUCAGAGCAUCUGGGGAAAACCAUUUCCCGAUGAGAUUAGGUCUACUCUCAAGUUUAAUGCUCGCGGGAUGGUCGCCAUGGCCAAUUCCGGUCCAGACACGAACAAGUCGCAGUUUUUUAUCACUUACUCCAAGCAAACCCAUCUUGAUGGCAAGUACACGAUAUUCGGCAAGGUGAUCGACGGUUCAGACACAGCAUUGGACGCGAUAGAACGUGUACCAGUCAGCAACAAAAACCGACCUCUGGAUGAAAUCAAAGUAACAAAUAUCACUAUCCACGCUAACCCCGUGGCUGAUGCUCAGCUGAAGCGAUGAACAAACUAAAUGAAAAUCAAUGUGAGAAGCUUCUCCGUAGCCGCAUACCAUAGGUGACUUUCGCGGAAGAGGGUCUUGUGCUGCAAUGUUUGCAAUUUCAUUAAAGUAGGCGCUGCGAACCUCAGUACAUCACCGUUUGAUGAACCCGACGAGCUCUUUCUGUAAUUCCCGUUGUUUUCGUGCCUUCUCCAAGUCGUCGACGCUUCUCAAAUCAUAUACAACGUCCCGUGUUUUCCCAAAGUACACCUGUCACGAUCAUGAUUGCUACUGGCUGUAGGUGCUAGCUCGACGUGUACUUACCUCUUGAAGCAGAUUGCGCAUUUUUAUCUCCAUGUCUUCAAUCAUUCUUCCAGUGUUUGUGACGUGAGAUGAAAGGUCGUGCAGAGCCAUAU